AUGCAAGAGGCAUAAUAAAGCAUAGUACAUAAUGAAAACGAUUAACAAUCAUUAUCUUGGCUACUAAGCAGCAGCAAUUAUUUGAAGUUAUUCAAAUUGGAGUUUAAAAAAGAAAAGGUAGAAAAGUCUUAUUAAGUUAACUCAAUUGAUCAAAAUAAGAAGUUUUCUAUUUUAGUAAGCUUUGCUGUCAUUUUGUACUAAAUUGUAAUUGGCUUGAUAUAAUACUUUUUUUUCAAAGAUCUUAGUGGCGCUAUAAUCGAAUUCGUUUACUCGUUUGUCAAUUGUUUGUUAUUAAUAAAGCUAAGAAAGCAUUUUUACAUUGUGUAAAUAUUAUAGUGCAUAUGCUUUCUCUCCUUCGAAGUAAUUUUUAUGGAAACAUUUGUAAUGACCCGUAUAUAUUAAAAUGAUAGAUCCGAUGACCUUCAAGGUUACUUUUUUACCUUAGGAUUACUAUCAAUGUGUUUAAUUUAUAUUUUAGCCUGCGCUUUGCACAAAUGGUAUUACAAAGCACUCCUUGUAGAAACAGCCAUUAUUCAUUAUACUUUAAGAGCAAAUUCUUCCAUAGUUAAAGCAUUUACAUAUUAUCCUAUAUUCUAUGUGAGUAUAGUACUAUUUUUUAUAUUGUUCUACAUGAAAGAAAAAUUCGAAAGAGACCUUUUUUACAAGCUAUAUCUAAAGAGGGAAGAAAACAAAGCCUUUAAAGAUUUACUAGAAAAUACAGUUCCUUCUUCAAUUUUCGUGGCAAAACUCAGAGAAAAUAAUUUCUCACAACCACACCAAGGAUCUUCCAUCAAAAAAAGUGUUAAAUAAAAAAUAAACUCAUUGUUUUCUUUCUUUAAAAGAAAUUCUUAGAAAAAGUAGACUAAAUUAAAUGAAGAAUAGAAUAAUAACACUCCAAAUUAAUACGAUAAUGCUACUUUUCCUUAUCCAAACAACUCAAAAAUGAAAAUAGUUUUUGCUAAUUCCCAUUGCAAGCGCAAGUUUGCUACAGAAAAUCUUGAAUUUUUAUAAAAAAACAUGAAUUAUCUCUUCUCCUAAGGCUCUCUAGCUGCUGUUAGAGAUAACUCAUAAGGGAGUAGUGAAGAAUUUAGAAGUAAAAGGAAACUUUCUAGUUAAACAAAAAGAUAAACAAGCAUAAAUUAAGAGUUUUAAACAUGCAUUCUUUAGUUUAUUUGGGACUAAUUUUAAAAAAUAAAAGUGUGUAAAUAAGACUAACCUAAGAGACACAACGACGAAUACUUUAACCAAAAUGAAGAAGUUCAUUUAAACUGCAUAUACAAGAAAAAUAAAGUUCUCAUACAGGAGUACGAAAAUCUAUAAAAGCAAAAUAUCUUGGAAGCUGACAAAGCUAUCAAAAAGGAUAGCUCAUAUAAAAGUAAUCUCUGCUAAAAUUACAUAAAUAUUAAUGAUGAAAAAAAGGAAACUAAAGUACAAGAUAUUAGAAGUAAAGCGGGAAGUAUAAUGCAAUUUCACAAUUUAAAAGUUGCUUAGAGACUUGGUAAAGAUGUCAAUCAUUCUUAGAAUACUGUAAAUGCUAAUUCAGAUCCGAAUAUGCAAUUCGAAUCUAUCACAAAAGUAAGGAGAGAUUUUGACAAAAAAAAUUUUCUUUUUAUUCCUGAUGAAAUGCACUUCGACAUCAAGAUUGUUAAGUGCAAGUGGGAAGAUGAAGUAGCCGUUAUGGUUUUAUUGAGUGAUAUUAGCUAAAAGGUUGUUAAUGAAAGAAUGAGGCAAGUUAAUAAUUAUAAAAAUGAAAUGCUUUCUUCUAUUACACACAAUUUAAAAACUCCUUUAAAUGCUGUAAUGAUUAUGAUUGAAUCAGCUAUAUUGUCCAAUUCUCUUUAGUAGGCAUAAAAGUAGCUUCAACUUGCUCAAAAUAGUGGCAGACUUUUACUAUAUAUGAUAAAUGAUUUGCUAGAUUACUCAAGACUUAGCAGUAGCAGACCUUUUCAUCUUUCAUUUUAAUCUUUUUAUUUAUAAGAUUUAUUAUUAAACAUUAAAUCUCUCUUGUAUUAGCAGUUUUAAUCUAAAAACAUCGAUCUUCAAUUCCACAUUUUUAUCAAGGAUGUAAACUAAAUUCUCAUUAAUGAUAAGCAAAGAAUUGAAUAAGUUUUACUAAACUUGUGUUAGAAUGCCUUGAAAUUUACUUUUUAAGGGUUUGUAAAGAUUAAUGUAUUUGAAGAUGAAACAAGGCCAAACGAUCUAUUUUUUUAGGUCCAAGAUUCUGGUCUUGGAAUAUCAGAUGAGGCAAAAAAAAAUCUUUUCAAAAUAUACGGUAACAUGAUUAUAAACAGCUAAAACAAAAGACAUGGUGUUGGACUCGGUCUUGCUGUUUGUAGAAAAUUAGUCAGCUAGCUAGGGAGUGAAAAGGUUAUUCAAAUUGAAAGUUUUAAAGGUAAAGGAAGUAGCUUCACUUUUAGCAUUUACAAGAAGCACCCUUUUAAUUAAGAGGAUGAUAUUUUACUCCCAAAGUUCAGGUCUUUAAAAUACAUUCAAAUGAAAAAGAAUGUUUCAGAAAAAGAGUUGGUUAUGAAUUCUAAUUAAAAUGUCCAAUUAAUUGAGAAUUAGAGACUAAGAAGAAACUCAUUGACUAAUAUGAAAAAAUCAAUUCAUUUUGAAGAAAAUAAUCCUCUCACUAAAAUAUCUAGUCAGAAUAUGGAAGAAACGUUAAACGGUAAAUCUCAGUUCAACUUAUAAAACUAGGUCAAAAAUAAAGAAAAAAAUAGCAGCUAAUCAAGUAGCAGCAUGGAAACAUCAAAAAAGGAUAUUUUCAAUGAGAAAUAAAAUAAUCAAAGUAUUAAUUUUUUGAAUUUAAGCAAAUAGAAAAUACUUUUAAACAAUGAAAUACCACAAAAUAAUAAAUUCAAAUUGAAUGCUAAAGAUCAAAAGCCAAAGAGCAUUUAUAACAGAUAAUGUUCUUUAGAGUUUCAGUAGCUAUGCAAUAAUUUGACUAGUACUGAAGAAGACUGCUCUGAGAAGAAAUAAGCAAUUUCUAUUCCUUUGAUGUCUACAAAAAUCCUAGAGGAAAAAAACUUGUCAGCCAAUAAUUGUGGGUCAAACUAACAAUUUAUACAUCAUACAUAAAGCGAUACACAUCUAAAUUUAAAAGAAGAUAAUGCCAACGAGUUAAAAAAGAAGAGCAAAACCCUUGUUUAGCAUUAAAAAAUUUUAUAUUAAAAUAACCAAUUCAAUUUCAAUCAUAACUUUAAUUUAAUGUAGACAAGUGAGUAAUCUUCAACUCCUAUAAGCAGUAAUAAAACAAUCGUUCAAGCUUAAAUUUUCCAAGAAUAUUAACUAAGAGAUUAGUUUAUUAAAUAAAGCUAAGCUUCGACGUCAUAAAAUUUAAAUUUUAACACCUUAUAAAACUAGAGAGAAGAUUCAUAAUAAUAUAAUAGGAUAUGCAAGAAUAGCAUAAGUCAGCCAAGGCUAUCUAUUUUGUAAGAGUUAGAUGCAUCAACUUAGAAUGAGUCUAGUGUGUUGAAAAAUGCAAUUUUUAGAGCUGCUCAUUUAAAAGCAGAAAAUUAAUUUGAUAGUAUCUAACCUUAUUCUUGCUUAAAAUAUAAUGAAAUGGCUGAUUUUGGCAACACCAGCACUCCUAAAUCUAGUCCAACAACUAAUUACUAAUUAGAUAUGCUAAACUAGCUAAUCUGGAAGAAAACCAACUUGCUGAUCGUUGACGAUACAAUAUUUAACAUAAUGGCUUUAAAAACUAUUCUUAAAAAUGUGAACAAUUUGGUAUUUGAUGAGGCUUACAAUGGGCAACAAGCUAUCGAAAAAGUGCUUUAAAAAAAAAAUUAUGAUCUCAUUUUUAUGGAUAUAAACAUGCCUGUACUGGAUGGUUUUGAGGCAACACAAUCAAUAACAAGGUUAAUUGAACAAAAAAAAAUACCAUAUACAACAAUUAUCAUAGUAUCCGCUUUUAAUGAUGAAUCAGAUAGGCAAAGAAGCUUUUAGUCAGGAGCUAAAGCCCACAUAGAUAAACCUGUCACUUUGGAUAACAUUUAUAAAGCCAUUAAGACUGUUAAGCUUCCUCACUUAUAAGUAUCCUGA